AUGGCUCUCCUGAUGAGGCCGACCAGCCCAUUCCUCACCAGACUUUGCGCGGGGCUGGUGACGUCGGCCAGCGCCGUUUGCACCGCCCACUGGCUCCUGUACCCUGCGGACCCGUUUUGCGUGCUGAGCCUCGGCCUGGGUGCCUUCGUCUACGUGGCGGUGGUAGGCACCUCGCACAGCGUUGCCUGGUACGGCCUUUUUGCGCCUACUGUGAUGUUCGGUCUCCUGGUCUUUCCAAGACUACCAGCUUGGUACGCAGCAUCGCUAGACCCGCCCCCGAAGGCAGACCACCGCCGGCGUCCGUUUCUCAGCGCAGAAUGGCAUUUGGCGUACGCGGACGUGCGGGAGGUGUUGAGGCCGCUCCUCGCAGCAGUGCAAGAUCGAGAAGAGUGUCAGAUCGUGGACCUCGGCUGUGGCACGAGCUCCUUCGGCAGUUGCUGCGACCAAUGGGCGCGCAACCAUCCUCCUCCCCGAAGGGUGGAGGAGGCCAUGGCACCAUCCUUGGAGUUUCCAAGAGCAGACGCCGACCUGCCAUCACCGAGAGCUUCCUGCAGCUUCUGUGCGGCCGGCCCGGAGAUGCUUGCCGCUCGCGUGGACUGGAGCGACUGGGCAGAGCUUAAUUCAAGCUACAUCAGGAGACCUCCUGCGCUGCCUGUAUUGAUCCGCAGCUCCUGUGCUUGUGGCGCGGCCGGAGAGGCUUCGGAUGAGGAAGAGGCUGACGAUCCAGCCCCGGUCAGGUCGAAGACACUCUCCGCAGAGGCCUGGGAGGCCCGCCCCUUCUCGCGGGACUCGACAGCUUCGACAUUGAGCACCGGAAAGUACAGGGACGAGUUCGGCGCCUGGCGCCCGCAAACUUGUUCUUCGCGGCCAAGUCUCCCGUCCACUGCUUCCGCAUCGAGCUCCGCCAGGAGGCCUUCGAGGAGCACAUGUUCCCGAAGUGAUUCCUUUCGGAGCUCAGCGACCCAGUCCUCUCACAAGCGACAGGAGGCGUCACGGUCCUUGGACCCGGACUGCUCCCAGUCCGGAGCGAACAGCCGUGAAUUGGCCCUGAACGACGUGAAGCUCGAAGAUGCGCGGCAGCGAGCUUCAAAGUCUUUAGAAGCUUUACAGGCAAAGCUCCGAGCAUCCCGGACGCCAGAGAUUCCUCGACAAGCAGAGGUUCUGGCUGCCGUGGCCGAGGACCAACCGGGGCAGAUCCAGGAACCGUUGGAGUCGGUAGUUCGAAUCCGACCUGCAUGGUCCGAAAAACAGAGAGGUGCCUACGGCGAGAGAGACGAGGGGACGGCUUCAACAGCUCUGCGGACAGCAGGUGCUGGAUACGAGCGCAUGCCUGCACCACAGGCUCCCUCGCGGCUGGCCGAAGCUUCUCAGGCUCGAGAAGUCGACCGGCAUGCGCGGCGAGCGUUAAGGCCGGAGCCGUCCACAUUCGGCCAGAGGUACUUCGAUCCUGCUGACGGCGUUUGA